AUGGCCUACCAGGGCUCUGGUAACCACUCGCCUCCGGGCUACGAAGACGGCGGUCAUCGCCUCCAGGACCUGGCGCAUGGCAGCAACUUUGAAGAAGAAGCAUCUCAUGGACUGCUCUCUAGCCAACAGGGUCCGUUUACGGGUCCCUUCGACGAUCCUCAACAGCGGAACCUGUCACCCGCACGACCCACCUCGGGAUACAGUCUGACGGAAACAUACGCUCCAGAUGCGGGCUACCAUGAUCCCUACAGUGGGGGUGCCUCUGUUUACUCCGCGCAGUCUGGAGAGAACCCGGCUGCUGCAUUUGGCGUGCCUGGCCGUGUAGCGUCGCCGUAUGCCCGCAGUGAAACCUCGUCAACGGAGGCAUGGCGGCAGCGACAGGCGCCUGGGGGUGGAGCUGGUGGCGGCGGUGGUGGCGGCGGUGGGAACUUGCGCCGUUAUGCUACGAGGAAGGUCAAGCUGGUCCAGGGCUCAGUGUUGAGUGUGGACUACCCCGUUCCUAGCGCCAUUCAGAACGCCAUCCAGGCCCGGUAUAGAAAUGAUCUCGAGGGUGGAAGUGAAGAGUUCACACACAUGCGAUACACUGCUGCAACUUGCGAUCCUAACGAAUUCACUCUGCACAAUGGCUAUAACCUUCGGCCUGCCAUGUACAACAGACACACGGAGUUGUUGAUUGCGAUCACAUACUACAAUGAAGAUAAGACCCUCACUGCUCGUACUCUGCACGGUGUCAUGCAGAACAUCCGUGAUAUUGUGAACUUGAAGAAGUCCGAAUUCUGGAACAAGGGAGGUCCUGCCUGGCAGAAGAUUGUGGUUGCCUUGGUGUUUGAUGGUAUCGAUCCUUGUGACAAGGAGGUUCUGGACGUCUUGGCCACGGUCGGUGUCUAUCAGGAUGGUGUCAUGAAGCGUGAUGUCGAUGGAAAGGAAACGGUGGCCCACAUUUUCGAGUACACGACGCAAUUAUCCGUGACCCCGAACCAGCAACUCAUUCGUCCGACAGACGACGGCCCGACUACGCUUCCUCCAGUGCAGAUGAUGUUUUGUUUGAAGCAAAAGAACAGCAAGAAGAUCAACUCUCACAGAUGGCUCUUCAAUGCCUUUGGCCGGAUUCUGAACCCUGAGAUCUGUAUUCUUCUUGAUGCCGGUACUAAGCCUGGUCCGAAGUCUCUUCUGUCGCUGUGGGAGUCGUUCUACAACGAUAAAGACUUGGGAGGCGCCUGUGGUGAAAUCCACGCCAUGUUGGGCAAGGGCUGGAGGAACCUUGUCAACCCCCUCGUCGCGGCGCAAAACUUCGAAUACAAGAUUAGUAACAUCCUGGAUAAACCGCUGGAGAGCUCCUUCGGAUACGUCAGCGUGUUGCCUGGUGCUUUCUCGGCCUACCGAUUCCGCGCGAUUAUGGGCCGGCCCUUGGAACAGUACUUCCAUGGUGAUCAUACUCUAUCCAAGCAGUUGGGUAAGAAGGGUAUUGAGGGUAUGAAUAUCUUCAAGAAGAACAUGUUCUUGGCCGAAGAUCGUAUCUUGUGUUUUGAGUUGGUCGCCAAGGCCGGCUCCAAAUGGCAUCUCUCUUAUGUGAAAGCCUCGAAGGCUGAAACCGACGUGCCAGAAGGAGCGGCUGAAUUCAUCUCCCAGCGUCGUCGUUGGUUGAACGGUUCAUUUGCCGCCGGUAUCUAUUCCCUGAUGCACUUCGGAAGGAUGUACAAGAGUGGACAUAACAUUAUCCGCAUGUUUUUCCUUCAUAUUCAGAUGCUGUACAACACCUUUUCGACUAUCCUUACAUGGUUUUCCCUAGCAUCGUAUUGGCUUACCACAUCGGUCAUCAUGGAUUUGGUGGGAACUCCCAGCUCCAGCAAUGGUCACACGGGAUUCCCCUUCGGCAAAGAGGCAACUCCGAUUGUGAACACCAUCGUUAAAUAUGCGUACCUGGGUUUCCUUCUUCUGCAGUUCAUCCUCGCUCUGGGUAACCGUCCCAAGGGAUCGCGGUUCUCGUAUCUUGCGUCGUUCGUGGUUUUCGGUGUCAUUCAGCUCUACGUCGUCGUGGAUGCGCUGUACCUGGUGGUCCGCGCUUUCAGUGGGAGCGCACCGAUGGACUUCGAUACGUCGCAUGGCGUGGGUGCCUUCCUGAGUUCCUUCUUUGGCUCGACCGGUGCCGGUAUCAUCAUCAUCGCGCUUGCUGCUACCUUCGGUCUGUACUUCGUGGCCUCCUUCAUGUACAUGGACCCGUGGCACAUGUUCACGUCCUUCCCCGCCUACAUGGCAGUGCAGUCGUCGUACAUCAACAUCCUGAACGUGUAUGCUUUCAGCAACUGGCACGACGUGUCGUGGGGUACCAAGGGAUCCGACAAGGCCGAUGCCCUGCCCUCCGCGAAGACGACCAAGGAAGGCGGCAAGGAAGCGGUCAUCGAGGAAAUCGACAAGCCCCAAGCGGAUAUCGACAGCCAAUUCGAAGCGACAGUGAAGCGCGCCCUGACGCCCUACGUGGCUCCUGUGGAGAAGGACGAGAAGAGUUUGGAUGAUUCGUACAAGAGCUUCCGAACGAGGUUGGUGACAUUCUGGAUCUUCAGUAAUGCACUGCUUGCAGUCUGCAUUACCAGUGACGGUGUGGACAAGUUUGGCUUCACGAACUCUGCCACGGAUCGCACGUCGCGAUUCUUCCAGGCGCUGCUGUGGUCUAACGCGGUGUGUGCCUUGUUCCGCUUCAUCGGGGCCUGUUGGUUCCUGGGCAAGACGGGCGUGAUGUGCUGCUUCGCGCGGCGGUAG